AGUAAUUUAGUUGACAUUUGUUGACAUUUGACAUGGUUUACGUCGUAUGCAAGAGUUCGAGGUGCCCUGUGAUUUACACGAAAGUUACAACACGAUCAAAUAUAUUCUAAAAUUGUGUAGAAUCAGUAGUCUAUCGAUUUUCACUAUAAAAUGGAUCAAAUAGAAAUAUUGUCGGAGAGUGUAAUUAAGGUAGAGAAUAUAAAACAGGAAAUUGAUGAUCAUCCCGAAGAGGAAAAUUACAAUUUCACAGAUGAAGACGAGCUGUGCCCGUUGAAGAGAGAGUUGAAGGAGGAGGUUGAUGAAGAGGAGCUCAAACCACCAAUGAGGGUGUUUCUGGAUCCUGAGGAGGUGUCCAGUGGAGAGGAGAACCAGGAUGACGCGGACCCUUUGGCCUUGGGUACUGAGCAGGGCCCUUGUGCCUUGGGCACUGAGCAGUCUGCUGGUGGCGAAUGCGACCCUGUGGAUGACCUCUCGGACUCAAUGCCACAGAUUCGUAAUGGCGUUUGCAGCACUUCCUCGUUCGACGAUGGAAACUACGUUACUCUUGGGAAAAGAAGAGCGCGAGAAAACGAGAGUCCCGUGCGCAGCAAACACUCAGAGAAUGACUCGCAGUUCCCGAUGGUGAAUGCCGUUAAGUACGCGGACGAGCACUCCGUCGGUGUACCGAGCGAGUCAGAAAGCGGAUGUGAAGUUGGGAUUGAGCCGAAAGAGGAAGGUGGUAAUGAACGUGAAGGUUACAUGAGAAGGCACGGACGGACCCAAAGCGCUGUUCGCGCUCAACAGUGUUCUCUCUGCCAAAAGAUCAUUACAGAUGAAAGCGAUUUUUUGAAUCGCACGCGGAUUCGCAGUGACGGCGAACUCCCCCAAAAAUCUUCCGUCUGCCGAGUGUGUUUCACUCGGAGCAGUAGUUUAGCUGAUCACAUGCGUAUCCACAGUGCUGAACGUCCUUAUGAAUGCUCGAUCUGUCAGAACAGGUUCACAAAGAAAGGGAAUUUGGUUGAGCACAUGCACAUCCACGACGUUGAUCGCCCUCAUAAAUGUUCCGUGUGCCAAAAGAGUUUCACCAAGAGCAAUUCUUUAUGUAGGCACAUGCGGAUGCACAGCGGUGAACGGCCUCAUAAAUGUGCCGUCUGCCAUAAGAGUUUCUCAGAAAGCGGUAAUUUUAUUAAGCACAUGCGUAUCCACAACGGUGAACGCCCUCAUAAAUGUUCCGUCUGCCAAAAAACUUUCACAGAGAGCGGUAAUUUAGUUGAGCACAUGCGGAUCCACACCGGUGAACGUCCUCAUAAAUGUUUCGUCUGCCAAAAGAGUUUCUGUCAGAGAAGUCAUUUAGUUAAGCACAUGCGGAUUCACAGCGGUGAUCGGCCUCAUAAAUGUUCCGUGUGCCAAAAGAGUUUUACACAGAGUGGUAGUUUAGUUAUUCACAUGCGUACCCAUAGCGGUGAACGCCCUCAUAAAUGUUCCGUCUGCCAGAAGAGGUUCAUAGAGAGCGGUAAUUUAGUUAAGCACUUACGCAUUCACAGUGGCGAACGCCCUCAUAAAUGUUCCGUCUGUCAUAAGAGUUUCACGGAGAGCAGUGGUUUAGUUAAGCACAUGCGAAUCCAUAGCGGUGAACGCCCUUACAAAUGUUCCAUCUGCCAAAGGAGUUUUACAGAGAGCGGUAGUUUGGUUCGUCACAUGCGCACCCACAGUGAUGAACGUCUUCACUAGUGUGGUCUGCUCUCUAUGGAUAUCAUGGAACAGAUUAAUUUUGAUGCCUUGGAAUUCACAGAAGUAAAUGCUUUUUAAAAUAUGCCCAUUAGGGUGUAAAUUGUGAAAGUAGGUAAAAAUGUGCUCUGUAGCGUCUGAAUAAUUAGAUGAAAUAUUAUUUAGUUUUCUUUGAAAUAUAUAGGUAUUGCAAAGAAAUAAUAAUAAUUAAUAAUAAUAAUAAUAAUAAUAAUAAUAAUAAUAAUAAUAAUAAAUAAUCAUAAAAGCAAAUGUAUCAGAACCAGUUUUGCAUUUGAUGACUUAAACAGAAUGUUCCUCUCUCCUACAAAUUUGUUGCACGAGUUACAAAUAAUUAUAGUUGAGGUUUUUCACUAUUUCACAAAUGUUACAGUAAUUUCAUAAUUUUGUUGAUAGUUGUUAUUGACCACGACUUCCAAUUUGUAUGAUCUCGAAGUAAUGAUUUCCCUGCCAAUGGUAGUGUAGAAAUUUCUGCGCGGUGCUCCAAGCAACUUUGCAUCUAUUCUGAACUUCAUUGCUUGAUGAAUUCUCUGAGUUUCAUUUGUGAUUGUGAUGCUUGAUAUAAUAUCUGUGCAUUUAUUCCAGUAUUUUGUUAUUACCACGCGUGGUUGACAAUAAAGCUGAUUUCCUCUUCUAUGGAACGUAUGACACCAGUGUCAUACCCUUCUGGAAACCAAGCACAGAAAACAUUUUUAGAAACCAAACAUAGACGAAUUUAUGCUUCCAAUAAUAAUCUCAAUGUGAAUGCUGCAUGACAUUUCUUCGCUUCGCAAUGUUUAUGAAAAGAGACCUUCUUUGUGGGGGGCAACUAUUACAUUCUUAAUAACCGCUAGCCGUCAAUUCUGACAGGAACCUAUCAAUUUACUCAGGAAGUUAUUUAAGUGGUUGGUGAUAAUGAAAAGAACAUUACUUUUAUAUUUUUAGUAACGCUGAGUACUUAGUAAGAGGACUAUUGCAAUAAUAAAAAAACAAUGGAAGGCACAAAGAACAUACAUAGUUUAUUUUCUUCAUGAAAAGGUCAAUUAAUCAUAUUCUCUGUAAAGUGAAAUCAAUUUAAUUGAUUGUAUCACAUACUCUUAUUCGUGUAAAUAUUCCGUCCGUUUAAUACUGAAUUAAAUCAGUUUGACACUUUUUUUAAUUUGAAUUCAAUAAGCUAUAAAGGUAAUAUGUACAUAUCUGGCACAUAGUAAGACGUGAAGAGAUACUUCUGCUUAUUACUCUGUGAAAAUAUAUUGAUAGUAAUCGGUUACUGCUGAUUGGCACGUGUUUGAGGGGUGGCGCUCUAGUACACGUGGCAGCAAAACAGCAAGUAGACAUUUCUAUUGUAUUUAAUUUCUUAGAUAUAUCUCGGUGUCCCACUUUGUAACUUACCACACUUAUGUAGAACGUGAGGUUACAAUGGUAUUUUUUUCAAAUUUUGACAUGAAUGACAUGAAAAUGAUUUUAAAAACAACUAAAGAACUUAAUACAUACAUCAAAUAAAAAAGCAUCUUUUGUUAUUUAAAGUCGCAAAAUAUUAAAUGUUUGUUACAAUUACAAGAGUAAAACGUAAUUAACUUUACUGAUGCAAGCAUUUUAUCGAAAAUUUUGCAAAUUAAUAUAAUCUCGAAAAACAAUUUUUGAAAAAAACUAAAUAAUUCAAUUAUACUCUUCACAGAAAAAAAAGUUAUAAAACUGGGACAUCAAGGUCAAAUUUUCCUUAAAUUUGUGCGAUCUGACGUGCAAUGAGCCAAUUCCCGAGUGUGCGCCAGCUGUCACUGGCGACGGACUGGCAAUCGCUGCUUCCGAAUAGCGCGAGUUUUGCAAUUCCAUGUUUCGUAAACGCUCUGAGAGGACUGGUAUUCCCCUCUUGUUAUGAGAAGUUUAAUAGAAAAUGCACCGAAUUAAUUUGGGCGUGCACAUGCGAGUGUGCGAAUAGGCACGAGCCGCUACUGCUAGCGGGAGUAGUUCAUGUCGGGCGCGCGCGACAGAUUCAAACGAUCGCCGUACGCAAUUUCGGAUUUAUCUG